AUGAUUUCAACUUACGAAAAAGUUUUAUGGACGGCUACCAGACUUCUUCGAGUUUUGUCUGCAUGGAUUCCCGUCAAAUAUGAAAUAAUUGCUCAAGAUCCACAUUUGGACUUCUUUACUCAUUGUUUAGAAUGUCACUCAUCGCGAGUAAUAACAAAUGCUCUAUGGACUAUGCGAAAUCUUUCAGAUAUUGCCGUAGACAAUAUAACAUCGGAUGUCUCCGUUAAUGUGGUAAGACAGCUUCUUUGUCAACUGAGACUCAACAUAUGUAACGAUAGCUAUGGAGCUUACUAUUCAACCAAUACUGGAGGUGAUGCACCUGUGUCCCGGUGUGUUCUAGGAGCACUAGCAAAUUUAACAUGUAGAAACAAUGCUGCAAAGUCCUACGUUGUUCGGCAUAAUGGAAUUGAUUUAAUCAUGCAAAUAUUGUAUAGUGAAAUAAGUGGACAAAAAAAUUAUUAUCAUACAUUUUGUGAUAAUCUUAGUCAAUCCAUGUUAAAUAUGUCUAUUCAAUGUAAAAAUGAUAAUGAUCAUUCUAAUAUAGUUAAAAAAUGUUUAAAUAAAUUACAUAAUAAUAAUAAUAAUAAUAAUAAUAAUAAUAAUCACAACCAUGUAACAAAAUAUCCAAUCAUAGCAACAACAACAACAACAACAGUAUCAUCAUCAAUAAUCAAUAAUCAAUCAAUAAAACAAAAAAAUGAAUUACAUUUAUUAAAUCAUUAUACUUCUUCUUCUUAUGAUAAUAAUAAUAAUAAUAAUAAAUUAAAUAAUUUAUUAAAUAUAUCAAUAUUUAAUUCAACAUUAGAUUUAAUUGAAGCAGGUUUACGUUGUUUAUCACAUUUAACAAUUGGACAUAUGGAAUUAUUAAAUGUUUAUCAUUAUUUUAUACAUCAACGUAUUGCAUCAAAAUUAAUUAUAUCAAUGGGUAAUAUAUAUUUACCAUUAUUAUUAUCAUUUCCAUUUGAUCAAUAUAUUAAUUUAUGUAAAGAUAAAGAUACUACUAUUAAUACUACUACUAAUACUAAUACUACCAGUACUACUACUACUGCUACUACUACUACUACUACUACUACUACUACUAAUAAUAAUAAUAAUAAUAAUAAUAAUAAUAAUAAUUGGGAAUUUGAUUGUUUAACCCAAAUACUUCAAUUAACAAAAACUUGGACUAUAUUAGUACGAAAUUUAUGUAUAAAUUAUUAUUAUAAUGAUGAAUUUACAUCUAUAACAAAAGUAAAUUCAUACGAUACAUUAUUUAACAAUAAUAAUAAUAAUAAUAAUACAAAUCUAUGGCCUAAGCAUUUACGUUCACAAUUUCGUCAUGGUAUUCAUAAAUUAGUUCAAAAUUUAAGGCAUUUAAUAAAUACAAUUCCUCGAGAUUUACAACCAAAAGAACUUAAACCUACCAUGGAAUUUGUUCAUAAUGUAUCAAUGACAUUAUUCUCAUUGAAUAGCAAUCAUAAUAAUAAUAAUCAUAGUAACAACAGUACCAAUCCCAAUUAUGAAAGUCAAUAGAAAAUUGAAUUCCUUAGUAACAAUUCAUUGAUUAACUUAUAACAACUACUAUGAUUAACUGUUAUUUCAAUGGUGCAUGGUUCCUUAUUUCUCUCUCCCCCCCACUCUUUUUUGUUGUUAUUGUUUUUGUUUUUUUUUUAAAAAAUCACAUUUAUUUUCAUGUUUUUAUUGUUGUUGCUUUGAUUGAUAUUAUUCAUUCAUCUACCUCAUUCUAUUUAAAUGAUGUUUUAUGUUACAUUAAACUGUUGCCAUAUAUAUAUAUAUAUAUAUAAA